AUGCUUGAAAAUAAAGCUGGUGGUUCGGGCACCAAGGCCCAAGCUGCAUCGAAAUUAAUUGGAUCAUUGGAUAAUUUCGUGCCUGGUGACGAUUUCGACGAAUAUAUGGAACGUGCCGAGAAUUUCUUCGAACUAAACGGAGUCGAAGACAACGUUUUCAAGCGGAGACUGAUCGUCCACUUUAUUGGUCUCCCAGCCUUGAAAAAGCUGCAACAGUUGCUGUACCCGAAUACGCACAAGGAAGCAACGUAUGAGGAGGUUGUAGCGAAACUCAAGUCGUACUUCAGCCCGAAGCGUACGAAAAUCGCCGAGUCCGUGGAAUUUUUCACGCGGAAACAGAGGGACUUCGAGAAGGUUGCCGAUUACGCCGUAGAGCUGCAAGCGUUGUCAAAGCAUUGCCAGUUCGGUUCAUAUCUGGACACCGGAUUGCGCAAUAAAUUCAUCGCUGGUAUCGAGAAUAAGAAGAUCAAGGGUGAAUUAAUGAACAGCGCAGACGAGAUGACGUUCGACCAAGCCGUGGCCAAGGCGAAGGUACUGGAGCAGAUCGAAGAGGACAUGGUGAGGAUGCAGGCGAAAGGGGAAGCGGUUAAUUUCGUGAACCGCAGAAACCGAAUGCAGCGAGACGGAAAACGAACACGUGGUCGGAGCGGAAAUUCGUUCCGCAAUGCGGUGCGAUCCAAAAGCCGAGGGUUUCGGAAAUUCCAACACGAAGGUCAACCGAAGCAGGAGAAGCGUGACAACCCGAAGAUACGCUGUUUUGCGUGUGGAGGUGAAGGCCAUGUCGCAAGACUCUGUCGGUUCGGGCGGAACCGGCCGAAUCUGAACGCGAGUAUCGAGCGUGAGACGGCGAGCAGCGAGUCGGAGGAAGAUCGACCACAUGGUGUCAAUCACGUGGCAUCGGUAGCUUUGUUUCACGAGUUGAGUCUAAAUGGUAAGUGCAUAUGUUUCGAAGUUGAUUCAGGAGCGACCUACACGAUCAUGUCCGAAAAAGAUUUCCGUCUAAAUUUUGCGAGAUGUGUUCUUCGAAAUUGUGAUGUGCAAUUGGUGGUUACCACAGGGGAGAAAUUGCAGAUUAAAGGGGUUUCCAAAUUCGAAGUGCAGAAGCGUUGUGAUUAUAAAGUGUAUGUGUUGGAUCUGUUGGUUGUCAGUUCGAAAAGGGAUUUUCUGCCGUUGUUGGGUAGAAACUGGCUAGAUGUUCUUUACCCUAGGUGGAGGGAUCGAUUUCUAAACAGUGUGUCUAAUGAAGCCGAAUGCCGCGAGCUUGAUCGCGAGCGAAAUGUGUUAGUGUCUCUUUUGAAAAGCCGUUAUGCAGAUGUCUUAACGAAGAAUUUGGAAGAAUCAAUUGAGGGGUUUGAAGCAGAGAUCCAUUUGUGUGAUGACUCACGACCAGUUUUCUUUCGGGCCAGAGAUGUGCCUUUUGCGUUAAAAGAAAAAGUGAGUGAUGAACUGGAUCGUUUGGUGAGGGAAAAUGUGAUCAAACCCACAUUGAGGAGCGACUGGGCGUCUCCAUUAGUAGUUGUGCCAAAAAGUGAUGGGAGUGUGAGACUUUGUGUGGAUUGCAAAGUAACCAUCAACAAGGUGAUAAGUAACGAACACUAUCCACUACCAAAUAUAAGUGAUAUUUUUGCAAAAUUGAGUGGUUACCGGUUUUUCGCAAAAAUUGAUUUGUCUGGGGCAUACAUGCAAAUUAAGGUGGCAGAAAGUUCUCAGAAAUAUCUGACGGUGAAUACGCAUAAAGGACUGUUUACGUAUCUUCGUUUGCCGUUUGGAAUAUCUAGUGCAGCCUCGACUUUUCAAAGAGUUUUAGAGGAAAUUCUAAAAGAUUUGGAAGGUGUUCAGUGUUUUCUGGAUGAUAUUUUGUUGGGAGGCGAAACGAUAAAGGUGGUGGUUAAUCGUGUGAUAUCUGUUUUCGAAAGAUUAAAGCAAUAUAAGGUGAAGGUGAAUCUCGAUAAAUGUGAAUUUUUGUGUGAUAAAAUUUCUUACUUGGGACAUGAAAUCAGCGAGAAUGGCUUGAGGCCGAAUGCCGAAAAAGUGAAAGCCAUUUUGGAAGUCCCAAGGCCAGAAGAUGUUUCCCAGUUAAAAUCGUACCUGGGAAUGAUUAAUUACUACUCAAAAUUUGUGCCUAAUCUGUCGAUAAAACUAUCUCCUUUGUAUGAGUUGAUCAAGAAAAAUAGAAGGUAUAAUUGGUCCGCUGAAUGUGAAACGGUGUUUCAAGAUUCCAAAAAGUUGUUGGUUGAUAAUUCUGUUCUCUAUUUGUACGAUCCUAAACUGCCAAUUGUUGUUAUAUGUGACGCGAGUGCGGUAGGUGUUGGUGCGGUUUUGUGUCAUGUGAUCGAUAACGUAGAAAAACCGGUAUUUUAUGUUUCGAGCACAUUAUCGAAAGCCGAACGGAACUAUCCAAAUCUCCACAGAGAAGCGUUAGCAAUUGUGUUUGGGUUGAAGAAAUUCUUCAAGUACAUUUACGGGAAGAAGAUUACUGUUGUGACGGACAAUAAACCACUCGUGUCUAUUUUUGAUCAGAAGACGGGAAUCCCUGCAUUAGCAGCCGCUAGACUGCAGAAGUAUGCAUACGCAAUUUCGAUUUUUGAUUUCGAUAUUGUGUAUCGAAAGGGGAAGAAGAUUCCAGAUGCAGACGCACUGUCAAGGUUACCCGUGAAGGGUGAGACAGGCGUGGAUUCCGAUGUGUCGAUCUGUAGUGUGUACGCAGACGUAGGUAUCGAUACGCGAGAGAUCGGUCGCGCUACGCAAGCCGAUGAGUUUUACCGAAGACUGUUCAAGUGUGUAAGAGACGGUUGGUCCGAGCACGCGGUGCCGGACGAUUUGAAAUUCUACCACGAUAAAGUGAGUUCGUUAUCGAUAGCUGGUGAGUGUUUGUUGUAUUGUGAACGCGUCAUCAUUCCUAGUUCUUGUCGAGAACGUGUUCUUGAGCUUUUGCAUGGCUGUCAUCUGGGUAUGAUUCGGAUGAAGCAGAUGGCUCGUAAAUAUGUGUAUUGGCGAGGCAUGGAUGACGAUAUCGAACGCUUUGUGAGAGAGUGUAAAACUUGUAGUAUGACUGGUAGAUCUGUGUCUAAAGAGUAUUCGAAAUGGCCGAAUACUGGUAAACCUUUUGAACGGUUACACAUCGACUUUUUCUAUGUUUCGGGAAAAACGUUGUUUGUGGUGAUUGAUUCUUAUUCAAAGUGGAUGGAUGUGAGAAUAAUGAGAAAUACCGAUGCUAACUCUGUAAUUAAGGUGUUGGGUUCUAUGUUUUUGAUUUUUGGUUAUUGUAAAACUAUUGUGUCCGAUAAUGGUCCACCUUUUGGAAGUGAGGUUUUUAGAAAUUGGGCAAAUUCGUUGAACAUUACUCUGUUGAAAAGUCCUCCAUAA